UGAUAACGCUGUGUUUACAUUCUGUCUGCGCAAUUUGAGUGUUUUUUUCUAAUAAUUUAGACGUUUCUCAAAAACUUUAAAUGGCUGAUAAAUCAAAAAGUGACGCGUUUAAACCCCCAACUCUACCCUCAUCCAAAGCAAACCCUCUUUUGAAAGCUGUUGGAAAUGAUUUUUCUACUCUUCCUGCGAGCUCUCUUCUCUGUCCUGUGGCUGAAACUAACAUUUCAACAACUCAAGGCUCAACAUCUUCAAGCAGUAAUCCUCUCUUUUCGGGUGCAAGCAGUCCAGGGGAAACAGAUCCUCACAGGAGUUUCUCCCUUCAGUCUCAGCUUCCCUUGAACCCCAAUCUACCUCCACCCCCAACCUCGCGUCGGAACCCUGAGCCCUCAGACGCUCCCACUUAUUCAGUACCUCUGACUGCUUCCAGCCCUGGACCUCCGCGAUAUCCACCCUCAAACCUCUACAAUCCUGCCAGUUUCACAGGUUCUUCUCAAGGGCCAACCGUCUUCCAGUCGGCGUCCAGUGCAGACGACGACCUGAGCGGGUACUUCAACAACCUGAAACUGGCCUCCAACCUGACGGCCUCCAAGUCAGUACCAUCUGCCGUCUCGAAUGCUCAAUCGUUUGCCCCUCACCCAACUUCAGCGCUCCCGACUAGUGCCUCCUUCCCCGCCGCCCCACCCACAGCGCCACCCCCAGGGGGUCCAGCUUCUGGCAACAACUAUCGAUUGGGAAAUCUCCAUCGAACCGCUUAUGCUCAAGUACCUGGACUAGCAACAGUGGCAAAUCCACACAUAACAGCACCCUUGCAAAAUCCGAUACCACAACAGCCAAUGCCUGUCGCACAAACCCCUGUCAUGAUGGACACAUUACAGUACUCUGUACCUCCACACUCCACACCAUCUCCGCCUGCCUCAACAUCUAUCAUGUCGCCCGAUGCUGUCGAUGGUGGAGUGGCAUCGACACUGAGCUCAGGAUUUGACUCCAGUUAUGCCAGUGGUUUUAAUUCAUCUAGCACCAACCCCACUUAUAGACCUGUCUAUCAUCACUGGUUCUUUAAAAGAGAAAUCGAAGGGAAGGUUGUUUGGUAUCCACUCAGCAUGGCUGAUUCAACAGCUCUGGAAGCAGCAUUGAACUCCUCUGAACUGAAUGUCGAUACCAAAGUCCCAACCGAUGGUGGUAGAUAUGAUGUAGAAAUACUGAGACGUCAACGAGUGGCUGUGUUUUGGAAGGAAGAACCAACCGAGGUCCGCAGAUGCUCAUGGUUUUCGAAAGGCCCGACUGAGUCCAGACAAAUGCCUUACGAAGAAAAUAUAGCCACUUUAUUGGAGGAAGAAUAUAAACAGGCAGUACUCACAAAUUCUUGGAGCCGAAGAGUUACACUUCCCAAUGAGGAUGAAAUUGUUAUUCACAGCCCAACAGCCAUUGUACAUCACUCGAAGAACAUUAGCUUUUCAAACUUGGCAACAUGGGACUCCAACACACCUGUUCAACUACAACCCAAAAUCGUAAAAAGAGGUUUAGAUGAAUUCAACAUAGCCGAAGGCGAACCAGAAAAAGUAGACCAUUUGUUGUUCCUUGUGCAUGGCAUUGGUUCAUUUUGUGAUCUCAAGUUUAGGCCAGUUAUGGAAGUCGUGGACGAUUUUCGAAACAUUUCUCUUCAACUAACACAAUCGCAUUUCCGUGGUGCAAUCGAACAAGGCAUUGUGAAUCGAAUUGAAGUUCUGCCUGUAUCCUGGCAUGAUGUUCUCCACUCACAAGAAACAGGCAUUGAUAGAAAACUCCAGUCCAUCACUUUGCAGUCCAUACCCAAACUUCGCCACUUCACUAAUGACACUCUCCUCGAUAUUCUUUUCUACACAAGUCCAAUCUACUGCGAAACAAUAGUUCAAGCUGUUGGCAACGAACUCAACCGGUUGUACAGUCUUUACUGCUCGCGGAACCCUCAUUUCAGGGGUGGUGUGUCGGUGGGUGGUCACAGUCUAGGAUCCCUCAUUUUGUUUGACAUGCUCUGCAACCAGCUCUCUGUUGGUCACCCUCUCAGCUCGACAGAAACAUCAGAAGAACACAAGAACGGCCAUGACAGUAGGAAAGUCGGCCUGGGUUGUUUGAACAGUAAAGAUGCUGUACUCAGCAAUGAUGUAAGCUAUGUGACCAUCGGUCGAGCUGGAACAGGGCAGCCGUAUAUCAAGUAUCCACAAUUAUCUUUCCAACCAGCUCAUUUCUUUGGUUUCGGCGCGCCUAUAGGGAUGUUCAUCACGAUCCGAGGAAUCGCAUCGCUAGGUGCAGACUUUAAAUUUCCAACGUGCCCGUCUUUCUUCAAUAUUUUCCAUCCAUACGAUCCAGUGGCUUACCGAAUAGAACCUUUGAUCAUUCCCGAAAUGGAAAAACGUCAUCCAGUCCUCAUUCCGCACCACAAAGGCCGGAAACGAAUGCACUUACAACUGCGUGAUACAAUGGCUCACGUUGGUGCAGCGCUAAAAUCUACCCUCAUGGACUCUGUCCGACCUGUGCUCAACACUGUGUACCAGUUGGCCGGCUACAGAGGACGGCCUGAUGAAGUAACAAUUGAGGAGCAAAUAAUGACCAAGGCCCUUCAAGAGGAAUUGACUCAAGAGCAGGAACCCUCUUGUGCAAUGCACUACGAUGAUGACCAUUUGGAUGAAUCUGUGCGAGUAGGUCAACUGAAUGGUGGCCGUCGCAUCGACUAUGUUCUGCAAGAAGCUCCUUUGGAGAGCUUUAAUGAAUACCUUUUUGCUCUGAGUAGUCAUGUUUGCUAUUGGGAAUCAGAAGACACUAUGCUCCUGGUUUUAAAGGAAAUCUACUCACACAUGGGCGUUUGUGUAGAUAACCAAAUCCCUCAGCAGAUGCUACCAUUUGACAUUCCAGCGUCGGAAGCCCAGUCUUAUAGUGAGGGUGUGCCAAGGUAUGUUUCCACCAUGGGGCCAGUUAGUGAAAGUUAAUAUGAAAGGAGAUAUAUAUUUAUCAAUCCCUGAAGAGGAUGAUACUAAAAAUUGAGGAGUUUUCAUGGCGGAGAAGUAGAUAAGCUGUGCAGCAUUCCUAAGAUCAUGCACCUUUGUAUUGAAUUUGGUCAAUUAUUGAAACUAAAUAAAAUUACCUUCGUGCAUAAGAAGUCUAAAUAUAAACAUUUCUAUUUACAGAAAAUUAAUAUAAAUACAAAAUUGCUUCCCGGCUGUUCUCCAUGAAAAACUCUCUGAUUGGAUGUAUGUGAUAGGAAUAUCAAUCCAUGAAUUGUCAAUAUAGGGUGACCCAAUAGUCCCGCACCACUAGUGGUGGGCAUCACCCCUGUAACUUUUGAACUAUUUGAGUUAGAAACUUGAAAUUUCGCGAGUGCUCCAGGUCAAAUGAAAUGACUUUUGGGAGCCCCCUAAAAUUUUAAAAGUACCAUCCUGAAAAGGGGCAAGAGGUUAUAGAGGUGGUACAGGACUUUUGUUGCACCCUAUACACCUAACUCAAACAAUUUUAGUAGUAUUUUAGGCAGAACAAUCAAGACACCUGAGGUUGCCCUCAUUGCAUCUCAACUACCUACUGUAAUUAAAAUUCAAAUUGUAAUUUUUUACUUAAGUAUGCGAAGACACUGUGUCUCUGUAAUUUUGCGUGUGAUUAAUACAUUUUCACAAAGUUAUUUCCUUUUUUAUCAUUAAAAAGUAUAAAGCUACCGUAUUUACCAGGCAUUUUAAUUUCAUCAACUCUGUAACAAGAAUGGGUCAGGCACAAUUACACAAAUCGGAAUCAUUCAAUCCCUGCCUGGAAAAGUUGCAAUUUUUUUCUUUUCUGUUUUAUGAUAUGCAUGUUUUUUUUUUUUUUAUUUUACAGCAGUCUAAUCUAUGUACGUUUUAAGUUUAAAGUAUGAAAAUUACUCUGAAAGGUUUCUUUGUUUCCAUAGUUUUUAUGUUAUUUAUCUUUAAAUCAUCGGAGCCUCUUGUCAUACAAACUGGCAAGGUUAACUGCCACAUUACUUUGAAAAAUUCUGUGUUUCCAAACCUGUCAACAAAUUAGAUUAUACAUCUCUCUAGAUACAUCUCAUCUAGUUAACUCUCUUGGAAGUUUGAAUUUUUAAUGGAAAAAUCAAUAAUCAAAUGUUACUGCUCAACUGAUUGUGUAAACCAAAGUUAUCUGAUGAGGACUUUAUCCAAACUUCAAAAUUGUGAUUAUGAAACUGUAUUUUAAAGUUGAAAAAGAUCAGUCAUUGUGAGAACUUUCAGAGACUCAAGUCAUGAAUUGCUUCUUUGCAAAUGAUUUCUUUCAAACCCAUGGUUGACCUAAAAAGUGAGGAAUAGACAAGAGGUUUCAAUUGUGCCUAUGAUAUUAACUUUAUUUUUUUAUGCAAUAAGUCCAGUCAUUUGCUGAUUUUUUAAAACUAUUUAUCUGUCCAUUUUAAGACUUUUUUAUGCAAGUAUCAAUUUUAUAUAAUGUAAGAAAGCCAAGAUUUUUAUUCUUGUAUUGUAAAUCAUGAAUUAAUGAUGCUGUUUUUCUAUCAAUUAUUUUUUAUAAAUGUUAAUGUUGAUAUUGUUUUAAUUUAUAAUGAGAAGGGCUGUUUUAACGGUACAAAUAAAGUCUUCAAGUAAUUUGUUUCUUAGUACCUUCAUUCAUUUGAAAACUUGAGAGUGUUAUGCUGCUCAAUGUGGAGUUGGCAUUUUUAUAUUUUUGUUAACGCAUGGAAGAUGCAAAAGCUACCUCUUUAAACAGCCCUUUUAUCUCAUACAACUGCACUGUUAGUCAAGUCGAUUUUUGUUUAUUGUUAUGUUGAUAAUUUUUAGAUUUUAAAAGUUGCGUUUUGUGAUUGACUCACCUUUUUCUGUACAGCGGAAAGUCAAGUUCUGUCGCUCUCAUACAGCCCGUUACAAAGAGUAAAGCAACACAUUGCUUAUUGCAAUAAAUUUUAAUUUGCAUAUUCAUUCACUGUGCUCAAUGCUAUGGACAAAAAUACACACACAGAGAGCUUUCUCUUCUCAUUUUUGGCACAUGAUGACAACAGCGCCAGGCAUUUGAGCUCCAUUAAUAGAGGAUAUUAAAGCUUUUUGCUCUCACAAUAAAAUCUUGUUCUCAAACUCCUAGUCUUCAGGGCAGCACACUAGUUUUGUUUAUUUUCUGCUAAGUACUAACCCAUUCAUCUUUCCUCAAUAUAAGGAGUAUGCACAGUACUUUUUGUCUUUUUUUGUGUUUCGCUUUAUUUCGAGGAACUUUUCAAUAAUUUUAGGAAGUAUAACUUGAAUGGAGUAGAGGUUUGUAAUGUUGAAUGCCACACCGAUCAAUAUGAUUGGGUGCAAAAGCUUAUACUGCUGUCUGAUUCUACCAGUCCUGAGUAUCAUAUACGAAUUCAUGGCCUGUGAUCAGUGUAGUAUCAAGCGAACAUACAUUUUUUUCCUCCACAUUUUUCAAUGUUACCUCUUUUCAUUUUCACUGUGACUGGCGCUGUGGUGUCAUCGAAGAACACACAAAAUACACUGUAAAUGCAAUUAUUUCACAUUUGAUCAAUGACAGUGCAGCUUCCAGUCAGUUUUUACUUGGCAUCUUAGAUCUUUAAAAUUUGUUUUUGAUUGUACAGACUAUUUUUAUAAAAGAUUUUAUGCAUCCUUAAAUUCGUUUUUUUUUUAUUUUAAUUUGUUAUUACUGUGAAUAAUUACAAAUAAAAUUCAGUCAUUUUGCAA